CCAUCCGCAAAGGCGAAAUUAACCCCUGAAUUUUUUCUUUUUUUUUUUCAUAAAACCAAACUGGGUUGUUAUUUGCGGUCAUCCAAAUAGUUGAUACGUAAAAGCGCUCUUAGUGGAUCCAACUUUUUCCUCUUCAUGACAUGCUGCGUGCUCUUGGUUUAGGACGUGUCAAGGGUCACCGAAACCACAGAGGAGCAAAAGUGGGGCUUGCUGGAACCAGAGGCAGCUAUGGCAUCCAACAGUCUUUUCAGCACAGUGGGACCAUGUCAGCAGAACUUCUUCUGGGAUCCCAGCGCCACUCGGAGGUUCAGUCCGCCGUCCAGCAGCCUCCAGCCGGUCUCUGGGAAGAUGAACGAUGUGAGCCCCCCGGCCGGGCAGCCGGACGCAGCGGCGGCGGCGCCAAGGCUGCGCCCCCACGAGAACCGCAGCAUGGCCGAGAUCAUAGCCGACCACCCGGCGGAGUUGGUCCGGACCGACAGCCCGAACUUUCUUUGCUCGGUCCUGCCCUCCCACUGGCGAUGCAACAAGACGCUGCCUGUCGCCUUCAAGGUGGUUGCCCUCGGGGAUAUACCUGACGGGACGGUGGUUACUGUGAUGGCGGGCAACGACGAGAACUACUCGGCAGAGCUGCGAAAUGCUUCGGGCGUGAUGAAGAAUCAAGUUGCGCGCUUCAACGACCUUCGCUUUGUGGGCCGCAGUGGCAGAGGCAAGAGCUUCACGCUGACAAUCACAGUAUUCACCAACCCACCACAAGUGGCGACUUACCACAGAGCUAUAAAGGUCACAGUGGACGGGCCGCGUGAGCCCAGGAGGCAUCGUCAAAAGCUGGAGGACCCUCCAAAAACAGGCUUGUUUCCGGACCGACUUGAGCUGGAAAGGAUGCGAGUGAGAGUCGCCGUUCCCACUCAACCCCCAAGGCCGUCCCUGAACACAGCCGCCAACUCCUUCAACCCCCAGGGUCAGACGCAGAUCACAGACCCUCGUCAGUCCCAGUCCUCUCCUCCCUGGUCAUACGAACAGACGUAUCCGUCCUACCUGAGUCCCAUGGCGUCCCCCUCAGUCCAUUCCACCACCCCCCUCUCCUCCAGCAGGGGCACGGGCCUGCCAGCCAUCAGUGACGUGCCCAGACGAUUGCCAGGUUCUACUGACUUGAGCCCGUUCCCCGGUCAGUUCGAGCGCCAGUUCCCCAGCCUCUCGUUGACGGAGAGCCGCUUCUCCAGCCCUCGCAUGCACUAUCCGCCCACCUUCACCUACACCCCGCCCGUCACCUCCGCCAUGUCGCUGGGCAGCGCCCACUACCACACCUACCUUCCCCCGCCUUACCCGGGCUCCACCCAGAGCCAAAGCGGACCUUUCCAGACCAGCAGCACACCCUAUCUCUACUACGGCGCUUCCUCCAACUCCUACCAGUUCUCCAUGGUUCCGGGCGGAGACCGCUCGCCGUCUCGGAUGAUCCCGCCUUGCACUAGCGCGUCCACCGGUACCUCGCUGGUGAACCCCAACCUGCCCAGCCAGACAGAAGGAGGGGUGGACGGCGACGGAAGUCACAGUAAUUCUCCAACUGUUCUCAACCCUGGAGGUCGAAUUGAUGAAGCAGUCUGGAGGCCGUAUUAGAGGAAAAGUGGGUGGAGAGAGGAUGGAAAAAGCACAAAACCUUUUCAAUUUUACGUUUAAAAAAAAAAGGGUUUUUUGGGGGGGCUCUCCUCAGCGAUCUCUACCUGUUGCAUGGAAAUUAAAGUAGAGAUAAAAAGAAACACAGACCUGCAAGAACUUGUCUUCCUGGAAUGUGUUUUGACCACGGCACCACAAAGGGAGUGAUUCUCACAGCAAUAAUAAUAAGAAAAAAACUCUUCUGCUUGAGCAGAGUCAUGCGGAUAAGACUAUAUUUUCAGUUUUAUAUCGGUCUAUAAAACCAUACAACAAUCUUUGUAAAAGACUGCCUCUUUUGUACUCCAUUAUGGCUUUUUGCAGAGCAUGUUUUUGUACUUUGACAAUAUCAAGAUGCAAGUUGAGCACUGAGUAGCAAGUGAGGAACACUUAUGUUACCUUAAGUUGUGUGGAAUUUGCUUUAAACCAUUUAAUUUAACUUGUAUAUUGUGGGUGAGACGUUGUAGAUUGAAGCGAUUUAACUUAUAAAGCCAUAAAUUAUGUUGUAUUGUAUUUGAAACUUGAGUCAAAGAAGUGUAAUCUGAAUAUUUUUGUUUCAUCUAAGUUAAUUUUUUUUGUUUUUGAUAGGUAAUUUAAAAAGAUUGAGAGGUUUACGUUUUUGUUUUUUCUGCAUCUUGUAGCACCCAAACAUGGAAAUGACUUGGAAUAUGAAGCGUGUGAGUGUUGCAACAAUGCUCCUUCUGCUCUGAAACCCACUUUGACUGAUCCACGCCUUUCGAGGCCGGCUUCAUCGCCGGGCGUCGACACACAUUUGGCUCCAAAUGAAGACGUUUGGUAUUUCCCGAGCAAUGACUCGCAUUCUUCCUGUAGGCGAAACACCACGAAAGCCGAAAAAUCACUUUCCUUUGUGGGGAAAUGCAUCUGAACUUCUACGAUAUUUUCUCAUCUGAAAUGCUUAAUUGUGUGUUUUUUAUCAAAGAAGAAGGAAAAAUUGCCCAAAGAUGACCACAGAUGUAUGAAAACAGACUCAGGACUGGAAUACUUGGAUAAGACCAUAGAUUUGAUACUUAAUUUACAUUUUUUAUUGAAAACAGGCAGCCUGUAAACUGGGGGGGGGCUUUUUAAACAAAUCACUUAAAGGUAGUAAAAUCAAUCAGGCAUUUAUACCUAACAAGAUAUCCUAUAAUAAUAUAUAAAAAUCUAAAAACAAGGCGUUCCACAAAAGCGUUAAAAAGGGAUAAAUACUCUGAUAGAUUUACUUCAAACUGAUGUUUUACAGUCAAACAAUAAGUAUUUUUUGUUAGUUUUAAGCAAAUUGUAUUUUCUGAUUUUUAUGAACCAGAACAAUUUUGAUUACAGACACACAAAAAACUAGUGUAAUAAUGCAAAUGACUUGUUUUAGAACAAAAUGUAAGCAAAAUGAGAAUCUCAGUACCCAUCUAGCACUUAUUCUUAGAACAUAGUUUUCGUUUCCAAAACAAUGACAAUGAUAUUUAUUAAACUUAAAAAUACAAAACAUUUGGGGUUUUCUUGAGUCUUAAAUCAAGUUUCUUUUCUAUUGUCAAGAGUUUGGAGCAAAAGGAUUUGGACUCAUUUUAAUAAUAGUUUUCUUCAUUUUUAGAUCCUACCUCUUAAUGAGACAAACAAUUCUCGGAUUUUGAUAAAAGUGCAGAGCAAAGAGAAGUUAAAACAUGGUCAAAUGUUUAUUAAUAAGAUUAAAACAUGGUGCAUCAAAUAGUUAGCAGUGUAGAAGCACAAUAAUGAUGACAGUGACAGCUUCAACAAAACUAAGAUCACUUUUAUUUGAGUUUCAAACUUUAAAAAGGAGAUGAAAAAUUCCUUCCCUGAUAUUCCUUCAGGCUUUUAUUUAUCUCCAGAUCAUUUUUACCCGGAAGCAGUUUCUUGCCCUCCUAAGAGGGGGGUAUUUUGCAUUCCACGUGAGUUGCUUUAAAAGUGCUGAAGUUCAAGUGCAAAAUCACAAAGAUGAUUGGAUUCAGCUGCUGGCAGCAAACGGCAAACCAAAAGAUAUGGGAGACCUGUGUGUGUUUGUUUCAUGAAGCACUUAUCUGGGCUUGACUCGUGAGCGGCACUUGCGGGCGUCUGCCAGCAGGGCUCGCGGUUUCAGUCCUCAGUGCAGCCUUGACACUCACAGAAUGGAUAACACUUGGCCAAACAAACCAUUCACACUCAGAGCUGAAUCUAAUCUCAGUUGGUUUUCAUUAUUAUUUUUAAUUUGGGGAAAAACUUGACUCCGUCUACAUUUUUCAUUUUGCAAAGAAUUUCCCCACAUUUUACAAUUAUUAUUUUUUUAACCUGCGUUGUGACUUUUUUUUUCGUUAAUCUGUUGCCAUGGAAACAUCACAUUUUUAACAAACCCAGAUGGAUUUUUAUAAACUGUUUACAAAACUUCGCAGCACUGAGAUUCUCCUCUGCCUUCAUGUUCUAUUGUGUCCAUUUUUGAUUUUUUUUUAUUGUUGUCAUAAAAAAAUGUGUAUUAUUUAAUGAUGGACAAGUAUAAUAACCAGGAACCGUGCUUUCUCUUUCUCCCAUGUAAAGCUUGAAUUCUUUUGCUUUUCUUCUUCCUCUCAUGAGCAGGAAUCAAACGUUUCUGCUUUCAUAACAAUCAUGAAUUUUUUGUUUUAUUGUUUUCUUUUGAAGGGACAGACAACAGUGAGUGAAAUUGGCAUUGUGAUUGUACAUUGUUAAGAAUUAAAGCAGAUAUUUUGUAACUUAAUUUUUUUAAUGUUAAAAUAAUUUCUUCAUAAAA